AUGCAGAGCCUCCUGAAUGCUGCCAACUAUGAUUCCUUCCUCAAGAUGCAGCUGCAAAUGCCAAAGCCAGCGGACCUGCACAGAAACUGUCCACUGGGAAAACGCGUCCUGGCAUAUCGCGGAGGCCGGGGAUGCACACCGGAAAAGCUGUCUUGUUGGCGCAAUGCAACCGUAGCAGAUGGACCCGGCCGGCAAGAUGCUUACAUCACCGUGCUUUGGGCCGAUGGUUUGACAAGGUACCAGCGGCUGCAUGCAUCCUAUGCGAAGAGGCACGAUACACACGCUCGAUGCCUGCCACCACACGCAGUCAGUAAUUACAACCGCUGCGCAAGAGAGCCUUGCACACACAUGCAUGACCGUCUUGUGGAUACACUCCUGAUUAGGAAUCCCAUGGGAAGAACAAACGGGUCCGUCGACUGCCCUGCUGUUCAAAGGCAGAGGAAAGUAACGAACGAGUCUUGCUCGGAAGUGUUACAGCAUUGGUGUCCCGUGACCUGCGCAAGAAUUAAGAAGAGAGUUACCCGACGCCCAGCCCAAAAAGACCGUGCGAUUUGCGUGUCGCCAAUGAAACUGCUUGAGCCAUUGCGGCGAUUCGCUAAGUGGAGGUGGCACUCUCAGCAAUACCAGGACUCCAUUUUGCACUUCCUUUUCCUCUCUCCUUCGUAUGCCUUGCCACCACGCAAGACAGGACCGCCUUUCUAUGUGGAGUUUGGCUAUCAUGGAGUGCAGGACAGCAAUACGGAGUAUUUACGGCAGGCGGGUUGGGGCGGUGUGAGAUUCGAUCGCUUCUACCAUCAGCCGGAGAGUGGACUGUUCAGGCAGCACAUAACUGCUUCGAACAUCGGGGCAGUCUUCAACAGGUAUAGGGUGCCAUCAGAUUUGGACUUUGUUUCUAUUGACACAGACACAUGUGACUUGUGGAUCUUUGCCGCCCUCGUGGCGCCUGAGACACGGUUCCGACCACGUGUUGUCCAGAUUGAGAUGAAUCGCCAUGAUCCACUGGAUGUGGACCGCGUGCUGAACUGUACAUCGGGUGUGUCUCCGGAAGAAACGUUCCCUGAGCACAGAAGCGAGCUGGGGCAUAUCAAGUACAACAUUGAAGGGGCAUCGGUUACGGCCAUAGCGAAGGUUGCCAAAUCUCGAGGUUACUCCGUGCUGUACGUGGAGCCAUGCUACGAUGUGUAUUUGUUGCGGUCAGAUCUCGUAUGUCACGGAGAGGAGCAUCGAUCGCUGGAACCUUUCCGAAAUUCCUUUGCCAGAAAAGGCGAGAAGCUAUGCGGUGACAUGCACGAAUGGGUUGCAAAGAACUUGACACAAGACCGCGUGGAUCGAUGGUGUAUGACCUCAGAUGAGAUGAUGGAGGCAUUGCGCGCCGGUCAUAAGCGAUGA